GAUACUGAUUGGAUUUGUUACCACUGAGCCACAGCAAGAAAUCCCUUGGGCUUAUCUUUAUAAAGAGCUUUCAGUGUGUUAGACUCUGAGUUAAAUGCUUUCCUUGUAAAACUCAUUCAGUUCUACAGUAACUCUCUGAAGUAGGUUCUGCUGUUAUCCCUUUAUAGAGACAAAUAUAGAGAUGAGAUGAAUAAUCACAGAAGGGUUAAAUAAUUUACAUAAGGUGACACAACAAUUAAGAAGUAAAGCUAAGGUUUUGUUUUCUCUGAUUCUAGAACAGAAGUUUCUACCUAUUGCCACUAAAGUCCCAACCUUAUUGUUAGUAAUUUAGGCUGAUUCCAGUCUUUCCUUCUAACAUCUUUUGUGUGUGCAUCUGUGUGCACGCACAUGUGCUCACACACAUACAUGCAUACAAUCAUUCAAUCAGUUUUGAUCAAUUUCUUAGAGAUUUACAGAAUAGGGAUAAUUAAGUAAAAGAGUGUGAAUAUUUUGCAGACUCUGAAUACAUACAGCCAAAUUGCUUUCCAAAAGUUCUGUCCACUUAGACUUCUGCCAGCCGUGUAUGAGCUUCAUCACACAUGAGUCAGAAAUGAAGAGGGAAACAAAAGAAGAAGCAAAUGACCCUAUGUGACUGACAGUUUCAGACAUGUAUGGUAUCUGAGAGUUUUAGAGUCCCUGGUUAUUAUGGGUUAGGAGGGUCUUGAGGAAGGUAAAGAGAGAAGCAACAUAGGAUGAGGACAAGAAGAUAAGUUAGAAACAUUUAGAAUCAGAACAUUUGGGUUUGAGAUCCAUCUUACUACUUAUGAUUGUUGGCUCUGAAAUUUAAGUCUCUCUGUUAAUUUAUCUCAUUUACUACAGUUGUUGUGGGGAAUGUGGGUAGAGUGGAGAUUUGGUAAGACUUUGGGAAGGUAGGGUGGCUCACCUGGGCCUUAGAUGUUGUGGGGGGAUUUCGGUUGGUGAGGAGGUAACAGAGAGGCAUUCCAGGUAGAGGUGAUUCCUGAACCCAGCCUGGGGUCCAUGGCUUGUUCUGAGGACAGUGGGAGCAAUGCAUACUUGAGCAGGGCAGUGGCCAGAGUUGGGGUUGGCAUAGCAAGGUUGGGGAGGACUUUGGGAAUCUUAAAUGUCGUUCCAAAAAGUUUGAACUUGAUUUAUAGGUGAAGAGAUUCAAUCCAAGUUUGCUCCCAGUAUUGCUCUGAGGGGAGUGGCUUGAACAAUUUGCAUUUUUAGGAGACAGCUCUGGGUAGAGGAAGCUAAAGAACAAGACUGGUCAGAAACCCACUAGUCAGAAGUCAAAGUAAUCUAGGUGAGAUAGGAGCACAUACCAACUUUUAGUUCAGAAAAUAGAGUGACUAUAGCUAUAAUAGAAGUACAUAUAUUUUAGAGGGAGCAUAGCAGAGGGACUACUCCAUUUCUACACACAACAGGGGUAAAGGGAAAGUGUUUGGAGCCCUGAAAUGUAUUGAAUGAGACACACACAUCCUCUAAGGGGCAAUCUUCUCUCCGAUACAGGUGGGUCCAUCAACCUACUCAACAUUAUGUAGAUAUAAAGUGAACGUGUUGCAGUGAAAGUCAAAUGUAUCCCCAAAUACCACUCCACUUCACUACCUGCCAAGGCCAACUUGGUGAGUCUUGAAGAAAACAUGAUCUUUCCCCAGAUGGACAAUGACGGAAGAAGAGAAUUCCUGGCACAGGACAUACCCUGAGCCAAGGCAUUACGUGCUCUGUCCUUGGCAUCUCCCAUGACGGUUCCUGACGUGUGGUCCUGGUAGUCUUGGGAAAACAUCAGCCAAUUGCUUCCGUCCAGAUCUCAGGCCUCCCUUUCCCCAGCAUCACCCCAACCCAGCCUGGACACCUUGACGGAACACCAUUCAGCAGGACAUGGUGGGGAGCCCUGACUCCAUGUCUUCAUGACUGAGGAACUCUUGCACAACACAAAGCGCUCGGAAGAACUGAAUGAAAUGUGCAGCUGUCGGUGUCAUUUCUGAAGGGAGGACUCGUUUUCUUGGAGAAGAGGCCUCAAUGAGCCUGGCCGAGGCCCAGGAUCUGUGUGAAGUGGACUAAGGAUUUAGUAGGAUGUCAACUGAGACAGAACUUCAAGUAGCUGUGAAAACCAGCGCCAAGAAAGACUCCAGAAAGAAAGGUCAGGAUCGCAGUGAAGCCACUUUGAUAAAGAGGUUUAAAGGUGAAGGGGUCCGGUACAAGGCCAAACUGAUUGGGAUUGAUGAGGUUUCCGCCGCUCGGGGAGACAAGUUAUGCCAAGACUCUAUGAUGAAACUCAAGGGCGUUGUGGCUGGCGCUCGUUCCAAAGGAGAACACAAACAGAAAAUCUUUUUAACCAUCUCCUUUGGAGGCAUCAAAAUCUUUGAUGAGAAGACAGGGGCUCUUCAGCAUCAUCAUGCUGUUCACGAAAUUUCCUACAUCGCCAAGGACAUCACAGAUCACCGGGCCUUUGGAUACGUUUGUGGGAAGGAAGGGAAUCACAGAUUUGUGGCCAUAAAAACAGCCCAGGCGGCUGAACCUGUUAUUCUGGACCUAAGAGAUCUCUUUCAACUUAUUUAUGAAUUGAAGCAAAGAGAAGAAUUGGAAAAAAAGGCACAAAAGGAUAAGCAGUGCGAACAAGCGGUGUAUCAGACAAUUCUGGAAGAGGAUGUUGAAGAUCCCGUAUACCAGUACAUUGUGUUUGAGGCUGGACACGAGCCAAUCCGUGAUCCCGAAACGGAAGAAAACAUUUAUCAGGUUCCCACCAGCCAAAAGAAGGAAGGUGUUUAUGAUGUGCCAAAAAGUCAACCUGUAAGUAACGGCCGUGCGUUUGAGGAUUUUGAAGAACGGUUUGCCGCGGCUACGCCGAACAGAAACCUGCCGAUGGACUUUGAGGAGAUUUUUGAGGCAACAAAGGCUGUGACCCAAUUAGAACUUUUUGGGGACAUGUCCACCCCUCCUGAUAUAACCUCUCCCCCCACUCCUGCAACUCCAGGUGAUGCCUUUAUCCCGUCUUCAUCUCAGACACUUCCGGCGAGUGCAGACAUGUUUGGUUCUGUACCUUUCGGCACUGCUGCUGUACCCUCAGGUUAUGUUGCCAUGGGCGCCGUCCUCCCAUCCUUCUGGGGCCAGCAGCCCCUUGUCCAACAGCAGAUCGCCAUGGGUGCUCAGCCACCAGUCGCUCAGGUGAUGCCGGGGGCUCAGCCCAUCGCAUGGGGCCAGCCGGGUCUCUUCCCUGCCACUCAGCAGCCCUGGCCCACCGUGGCCGGGCAGUUUGCGCCAGCCGCCUUCAUGCCCACACAAACUGUUAUGCCUUUGCCAGCUGCCAUGUUCCAAGGUCCCCUCACCCCCCUUGCCACCGUCCCAGCCACGGGGGACUCCGCCAGGUCAAGUCCACAGACCGACAAGCCCCGGCAGAAAAUGGGGAAAGAAAUGUUUAAGGAUUUCCAGAUGGCCCAGCCUCCGCCCGUGCCCUCUCGCAAGCCCGACCAGCCCUCCCUCACGUGCACCUCAGAGGCCUUCUCCAGUUACUUCAGCAAAGUCGGGGUGGCGCAGGACACAGACGACUGUGACGACUUUGACAUCUCCCAGUUGAAUUUGACCCCUGUGACUUCUACCACGCCAUCGACCAACUCACCUCCCACCCCAGCCCCCAGACAGACCUCUCCAUCCAAAUCAUCUGCAUCCCACGCCAGUGAUCCAACCACUGAUGACAUCUUUGAAGAGGGCUUUGAAAGUCCCAGCAAGAGCGAAGAGCAAGAAGCCCCUGAUGGGUCACAGGCCUCAUCCAACAGUGAUCCAUUUGGUGAGCCCAGUGGGGAGCCCAGUGGUGAUAAUAUAAGUCCACAGGCCGGUAGCUAGAUAGCACAGGUCUGGGAGCUGGAGCCUCUCUAUGCGCAGAUCCACAGACCUAAGAAAUAGCAUUGACACGGGCUUGCGGCAGGUGCUUCAAGACCGGCAUGGAAAUCAGCAUCACGACAGGCUCUCUUGUAUUCUUUCACCUCACCUCAUCCCACGAAGAAAUUCAUGAUUGCCCAAUGGAACUCGCUUGGAAGAGGGAACUAAGAGUUUUUGGCAACUUACGGCAGAUAUUUAUGGCAGCACAAAAACAAACAAACAAAACCACACAAGAGUAUAAACAAAUCAUACCCAACAUGGAAUCACAAGUCAAGCAAAUGCUUGCCCAACAAAUAUUCUAAGCUCCCUUAAGGUGGGUUUAAGAUGACCUCGUGUGUGAAACCAUAGUUCUCCUUUUAUUUCUCUACCUGUUGACAGAUGUAAAGACAUCCGAUGGGGAGGAACAGGCCUCAGAGAGUUUCAUCAGGGUUGGCACUGACCUCAUUGAGGCAAAAGCGGGAGUUCCUCAGUGUCAUCGUCACCACCCCCCAAGGCCUGGUCUGCCAUCUUUCCCCUUUCCCUUCUUUGUCAUGUUUGAGAAUUAAUGGGUGUACAAAUUUUUGUAUUGCUUUUGACUUUUUUUAGAUAUUGGUGAAGAAAUCUAACUGGGGGGAAAAAAAAAAAAAGCCUUGUAUGAAAUGAAUUAACUUGAAAUCGCAAGACAAAUGAGUGAUUGAUGAUGAUUCUUGAUUGAGAAUGUUGCCAAAACAACCCUUUAGCUAUUCUGCAUCCCGGUGGAGAAAGACAGCUUUCGGUUUAACCUUCGCUCUGUGAGUAGGAAAGGACAUCGAAUCCCAUUGAUGAGAAAGAUGAAAAAUGCAUCUGAUUACCUAGGAAGCUCUAAACUCUAAGGACAAUAAAAUGAUAUUUUUUAUUUUUCCGAUAUCUUGCUGCUGUGAUGCUAUGCAGACAAGUGUCUUCUCCAUGUGCCAUUUUCAAAGAAAAGUCAUUGCCAAAUAAUUCUGGUACAAUCCUAGUAAUGUGGUUCUGGUACUUAAAAAACCAACUUUCUAAUGGAAAAACGGUGACAUGAAUAUUCAGCAUAACAAACUGAUUCCAUGGUCACAAUGGUUCAUCUCUAUCUCUUUUUGUACAUCAGAAAAUUCAAAUGGAAUUUUUAUUUUAUACCUUGAAAAAAAAAAAAACCUUACCAUUAAACUCUUUAAAUAUUUAAGGGAAAUGGCUUUAAGGAGUUCUAAUGAAAAAAAAAAUUGCCAGUUUGGUUUGUUUGUUUUUUUUUUUUUUUUUUUUGUAAAUAUAAAUGUUAAUGAAAAUGCUUUUUAAUAAUGCCAUCACACUGUAGAGAAGGUAGCUGAUUGAGUGCAAGAUGUGACAGACUUGAUGGAUGGGGGCUCACUUUCCAGAGGUUACUCUGGAGCAUCUGGUGGGAAGCUGGAGUUCAGGGCCAGCUGGUGGGAGCAGUUGGCCAAUCAGCAGCUAGUGAUCAGGACGGGAGCACGUGACUCCACCAUCUCCUUGAGCCUUUCGGCAAGAGUACCGCCCUCUGUGUGAAACAAGAGACAGUCCUCGGUCUGAAGGCCUGUCCUUCAGAUUCUGAAACUCACUCCCACCUCUCCACUCCCACCCCUGCCCCACCCCCGCUAGAAGUCCCUGGACUGUUUGUAUGUGAAACAGAAGAGUUUAAGCUUCCUUUUUUUACAUUUAUGAGACAAAAAGUGCAGUGUUCGGUUCGUACGUUUCGCACAUGAUUUUCACAAAGAAUCUAUAUAUUUUUGCCCUACAGAGAAUUGUUCUACAGGUCACAUGUGUUUUCCCGACAUUCCUAUGCAGUUACCGUAUGUUGAAUUUAGUGGUUUAACACUAAGAAGAAAACUUUAAGGAGUCAUUUGAUGAAUUGGAUUGGGGAUGGGGUAAUUAUGAUGACUUGGUUUUAAAAUUUGACGAGUCGCAUUUACCUUGAUACAAUUGGCUUGAAUAGGCCUGUGUGCUUUGGUUCUUCCUAUCCAUAGACAUGGAAAUGAUUCGGGAGAAGGUAUACUGUUCCCAAAGGAAAAAGUUGGUAAGUCGAGGCAACUGUUACCGUUUGAAGCCCAAAUAAGACACGUUCAGGUCACUGGGAUCUAAAUGUUGUCCAGUUAAGGAAAGCGGGAAAGUGUCCAUUAUAGGCUAUAUGGACCCGCCACCCUAAUGUGGAAGAUCUGAAGAACCAGGAAGGUGGAAAGGGCCCUUGACCUUCCUCUGCUGCUGGCAUGUGUCGGUCCGGCGUCAGUUCUCCAGGAACGUGCAUACACCUUUGAUGAGUUCCUUCCACGUGAAGGGGAAAAUGCAGACGGUGGGAUACGCAUCCGAGUUGUCCUGAAAUCAGCUCAGUUGUGUUUUCUGGGGAUUUGAUAAGAUAGGCCAUUCCCGUGGGGAAAUGACUUCAGUUGCUCUGUUGUCCAUGAUUCUGAUUCUAAACCAGUGGUGCUAUCUUCUCCCUCACUAUGGCUGUCUUAGAGUUUGUCUUGCAGUAUCACACCCUGUACACUGAUUCUGUGGGUUGCUCCUGACACGUUGCACGUGAACUCUGGCUGAUGUUGCUGCUGCGGGUACAUCAGGUACAUGGUACGGGGCUCAUGUCAUAGCCCAAAAGUGACAGCCCAGUGGACUUGUCAUCCUUCCUUGAAUGUGGUUGAAGACAUAACUGGCUCAGAACGUAAGGAAGAUGGCCCCAUGGGAUGAGGGAAAGUGAGGGAAACAAAGUCAAGAUUUGCAGCUGCCACCCAUGUUAUCAUUGGCAGAAUUCUGCUGUUUAAGAAGCACUGUGUGGUGAGCUCAGAACCACCGUAUCCUAUCCCAGGAAGACAGUGAAAUUUCCAAAUGAGAGCUGAGGUGCUGGUCCCGAAAGGCCAUGGGGCAUCUGCACCGUUUCAGUUAGAGCGAUAAAAAAUCCACGUGUACAACUGUUAAUGCCUCAUCCUUCACUAGCACGAAAUUUGUCACUUUAAAUUUUGAAACCAGGGAAACACCACCUGUCAUUCCGUCCCCAUCCCCCACAGCUCUCUGAUCUUUCCAUGCCGCAAGACUUUUUGAUAAUUUGUACUCAUCCCAGUGUCUACUGAAACCCCAUCGUGUAAUGUACCAGGCACCUCCUUUAAAAAAAAAAAAAAAAAAAAAGUUUUCUCUGUGGGUUUGGUUCAUUUCAAUUUCUGCGUUCUGACACAUAUUUUUUUAAUAAAGAUGAGAAAGAGAAAAUGACUGUUGCAGUACAUUUCUAGACCUACUUUAACUUUACCUCAGAUGACAGUUUGUUAACAUAUAUGGGACACAUUAUUUUUAACUUUAUGUACAAUGCAUUCAACAGAACAGCAAGAUUUUUAGAAAUUUUCCAUUAAUUUCUGUAACACGCCAUGUAAAACUGUUACAAAUAAACAUGUUUGAGAACAACA